ACCUUAUGAAUUGGUUCAUUGCGAGUUUGAUCGUAGCUGCACGCGCAUAUUUCUGGGAACAUAACCCAGAAUCAGUCAAUCUUCUCUUGUGUCACUUUCGUACUUACCGAAACUUUUCAAAAGAUCUGACUACCGCUAAGGCGUCAUUAUUCGUUGUUUUUUUGCUGCUUUAAUCAAGAACCUUUUUUUAAUUUAGGACCUCGAGAUAUAUCGGAAGGCAUUAACUGCUAUUUCGCUGAUUUCUUUGGAGAGCUACAUUGCAAUGUCUUGCGACGAUGUGUCUGAUCAGAGUCGUCGGUUCUGUGUGUUGCCUUGGGACCAGGUGCAGCGUCUGGACUCGAUCCUGGCAGAAACUAUUCCCAUUCAUGGACGUGGAAACUUCCCAACUCUAUCCGUACAACCGCGGCUGCUAGUUCAGGUGGUGCGGGCGAGGCUCGAGGAGAGGGGCGUGUGCGUUCGGAACGUGAAGCUCAACGGCUCUGCAGCCAGCCACGUGCUGCACCAGGACGCGGGCCUGGGCUACAAGGACCUGGACCUGAUCUUCGCCGUGUCGCUGGGCGACGAGCGGGCCUUCCGCCUGGUGAAGGACGUGGUGCUGGACUGCCUGCUGGACUUCCUGCCGGCGGGGGUCUGCAAGGAGCGCAUCUCGCCACUCGCCCUCAAGGAGGCGUACGUGCAGAAGCUGGUGAAGGUGCGCACCGACACGGACCGCUGGAGCCUCAUCUCGCUGUGCAACAACACGGGCAAGAACGUGGAGCUGAAGUUCGUGGACUCGCUGCGGCGCCAGUUCGAGUUCAGCGUGGACUCCUUCCAGAUCUGCCUGGACUCGCUGCUGCUGUUCGACCGCUGCUCGCCGACGUGCAUGUCGCCCAGCUUCCACCCCAGCGUGGUGGGCGAGAGCGCGUACGGGGACUUUGAGGAGGCGGUGGCGCACCUCCGCCGCCGGACCAUCGCCACGCGCUCCCCAGAGGAGAUCCGCGGCGGCGGCCUGCUCAAGUACUGCCACCUGCUGGCGCGGGGCUUCCGGGCCGAGUCGGAGGCGGACAUGAAGCGGUUGCAGCGCUACAUGUGCUCGCGCUUCUUCAUCGACUUCCCCGACCUGGGCGAGCAGCACCGCAAGCUGGAGGCCUACCUGCGGAACCACUUUGCGGGCAUGGAGCACAAGCGCUACGAGUGCCUGACGACGCUGCACCGCGUGGUGGACGAGAGCACCGUGUGCCUGAUGGGCCACGAGCGGCGGCAGACGCUCGGCCUCAUCUCGGCGCUGGCGCUCAGGGUGCUGGCGGAGCAGAACGCCAUCCCCUGCAACGUCACGUGCUUCUACCAGCCCGCCGCCUACGUGCAGGACGUCAACUUCAGUAAUUAUUACAUAGCGCACGCGCAGCCGCCCCUGAUGGCGUCCCCGUGCAGUGCCUCAUACCAGACGUGGCUGUCGUGUAACUGAAACCCCCGCCGGCCUUGGCAAACCGUGUUUGUUUCCAAAAAUAAAGUUAAAGAGGAAAAAAAAAAGAAAAAGGAAAUCCAUGUUUUGUUUUUUUUUGUUGCCAAAUGUGACUUGACUAUCUGGAUCUGCUCUGCAUCCGAUAUGGACAGCCAAGUAUUCUCGCUUAAAACGUUAUUAAGAUUGCUGUGCAACUGUCUGAUGUCUUAUUUAAGAAGAAAAUGCAGGUCUUUCUUUAUAUCUCAAAUAAGCAAAACAAUUGGGUGUGGAAGCCAACCUUAGAGCUUGUUAUUUCGACAUAUCAAAAAUGUCCAAUAUGACCAAAGAUGUAUUUCACUGUUCACUUAUUGGGGAAUGGUGACAAUAAAGAGAAACCAUUUAA